AUGCAAUUUGAAAGCAAGCUUGAUGAUAUGGAGAUCAAAAAUAUUAAGGAUCAAGUUCUUAAAGAUUGCCAAUAACUCAAUACAAUCUACAACAAUAAUUUGUCCUCGGCCUCUUCUAUCUUAAUGGUUGAUAGUAUAUAUACAGGAAAAGUGAGGGACAAUUAAAAAGAAGGGUUUGGGGAAUGCAUAUCUUACAAUGAUAAUAAAAACUCAGAGCGGCAAAAUAAAAAAAUAAAAGAAUAUUAUUUAGGAGAAUGGAAAGAUAGUAUGAAGGAUGGCUUUGGAAUGAUGGUGUAUUCUAAUGGAAAUUAGUAUGACUACUAUGUUGGCUAAUUUCAGUAGAAUAAACAACAUGGUUCAGGAGAAAUUAAAUAUUCUACUGGGGAAUCGUAUAAAGGAGAGUUUUAAAAUAAUUAAUUUCAUGGAAAAGGGAUUUUGAUUCUUCAAGAUUAAAUUACAUAUUAUGAAGGUGAUUGGUCUUUCAAUCAACGGGAUGGAUUUGGAAUUGAACAUGGAAUUGAUGACAAUAAAAUAUGGGAUUAUUAAGGAUCAUUUUCUAAAGGUAAAAGGCAGGGGAAGGGAAAACUUACAAUCCAUAAUGAUUAUGAGAUCGAAGGGGAAUUUGAAAAUGAUUUCCCCAAAAACGCAGUUAUUACAUACAAAUAGCAAGAGUGCUAGGCUGAUAAAUAUGAUGGAUAUUUAGACAUUAAUAAUAAUUAUGAAUCUAUAUUUCAUGGAAAUGGAACUUUAACAAUGAAAAAUAAUUAAAUUAUACAAGGAAUAUUUUCAAACCAUGAAUUUAAAGGAAAAUGA